AUGUCGUCUACAGACGUUCCACCAAAACGCUCAAAGCUCAAAUUCAAGGGCGACAAGACCAAGAAGAAGAGAAAAAGAGAAGACGGUGAAGAUGGACCCAGCCGUACUCGACGCAAGGACGACGAUACAGAUCCUGAGACAUGGGUACUUCCUGAGGAUCCUAAUGAACUACGCGGUCCUACUUUCAUUGUCCACCCCUCCGAUCCCUCACCACUGUCAAUAAAUUACAGCUCUACUACGAACCGUAUUAUCCUACACUCAUUGGACAAAGACAAGCCCGAAGACGGUUCCGACCCCCCGAGCCUUCUGGAUAGAACACCUACCGAUGUAUCCCAGGUCUGGGUAACAACGCGAGUUGCUGGUUCCCCAACUAUCAACCUUAGAACUGGUACUGGUGAAGGGAAGUUCCUAUCCUGCGACAAGCACGGCCUUGUAUCUGCUGACAGAGAUGCGAGAGGACCGCAGGAAGAGUGGACACCCGUGAUCUUGCCAGACGGUAUGGUGGCCUUUAUGAAUAUCUACGAGAAAUAUCUCUCCGUCGACGAGGUUGCUGGAGGUUCUCUGCAACUGAGGGGCGACAGUGAGGAAGUUGGAUUUGGGGAGAGAUUUUGGGUUAAGAUUCAGCACAAGUACAAGAAGGAAGCUAACGAAGAGGAGAAGAAGAAGAGGGAGGGUCCUAUAGCACCUUCAAACAUUGAUGAAGCAGGCACCAACCGGGUGUACCAAGCGUGGGGAGCAGGGCGGAGCGUUGUUUCGUCCAACGAUAAGAAAGAUCUGAAACGUGCUCGCAAAGAAGGCCGCCUCGCAGAAGCCAUGUUAGAUAGACGGGCAAAACUGAAAAGUGACCGGUUUUGCUGA